AUGAAGCCCUUGAGCCUCCCGGGCGCUCGGUCACCGCGCCUAAGUGGGCGCGGGCAGAGUCGCCACCGCCUACCGCCAGACCGCCUCCGAACAGGAAGCCGUGCGCCAGCCGCGGAGGCCCGCCCCCAUGUAGCGACAAGCCCGCCGGCCCCAGAGACUGGAGCGAAGGGCGGGGGGAAGUGGGGGGAGGCAGGGAGGCGGGGAGGGCGGGGAAGCAGGACGGCCUCCGCAGAGAAGCUGCGCCUCCGCAACCGAUCAGAGGCAGCUUCGCCAGGCAGCCGCAGCGUCCAUGUUGACGGCUCAAAGCGGAAGUCGUUAGGCUGA